AUGAGGUCUGUGUUCCACAGUCCCCGUGCAAACCGACCCCCAAAGAAUCUGGAACAGGAGGUUCCAUGCAGCUUCAAGGUCCUGUUCGAUGGCAUGAAUGACGGCGACGAGCCUGAGAAGCGGCGCAGGAAGCGAAAGGCAUCCAAGAACCUCAUCUCAGUGCAACGCUGCAAGAUGGAAUCUGAGCAGCGCGGCAUGACGCGCCCACUCAAGCCGCUGCCCGAGCGUCUUGAGCAGCAGCCCAAUGAAAGCGAUGACCAGUUUCUCAAGCGCCUCGACCACCUGGCGGGGACAGCCUUCACCGAGGCCAAAAUUGAGAACCGCUUCAACGUGCGCAUCGACCACGACGAGCAAGGCCACACGGUUGUCAACCCCAAGGGUGGCGAUGCGCUCGACGAAAGCUAUGGGGCCCGCAAGCGAGCGUGA